AUGGAGAUGGGGUACGGAGUUUACGUUGAUCCUGAGCUCGAAUCGCUCGUUGAUAGAAUACACCCUCCAAGGGUUUGCAUCGACAAUGAUUCAUGUCAAGAUUGCACCCUUGUGAAGGUUGAUAGUGCGAACAAGCAUGGUGUAUUGUUGGAGAUGGUGCAAGAGCUAACGGAUCUUGACCUUAUCAUCUCCAAAUCAUACAUUUGUUCUGAUGGACGUUGGUUCAUGGAUGUGUUUCACGUAACCGAUCAAUCUGGCAACAAGAUUACAGACAAAAACCUUAUACGUCACAUACAACAGUCAAUAUGUGCAAGUAGGAGAGAGAAGACACAAGUAAAAACAACAAGUUUAGGUAAAGAAAUCACACCAAGGAACUUGCCGAUGGAGCAUACGACACUUGAGAUGACAACGGUGGACAAGCCGGGCCUAUUGUCGGAGAUAUCGGCAGUUCUAGCCGAACUAAGAUGCCACGUGUCUGCAGCAGUGGCAUGGACCCACAACACCCGUGCUGCAUGCAUUAUCCAUGUAGAAGACGACUCAAACCCUGGACCCAUUAUAGACCCUCACAGGGUGAACAGAGUCCAAUCUCAUCUCUCCACCGUGGUCAACGCUCACCACAACAACAGCGAACGCCGGAGUGUCAGGUUGACUACUCCGGUCACCGGACAAACCCACACCGAGAGGCGGCUCCACCAGCUGAUGAUGGCCGAUAAAGACUACGAAGAGAGUACAUAUGGUCCACUUAUCAAACGCUACGAUACAGUGGUGACAGUGGAGAACUGUCGAGAAAAAGGGUAUUCAGUUCUUAAUGUCACAAGCCCUGACAGACCAAAGUUACUGUUCGACACAGUUUGCACGCUUACUGACAUGCAAUAUGUGGUUUUCCAUGCAACAGUUAGCUCUAAAGGCUCCGUUGCUUUUCAGGAGUAUUACAUAAGGGAGAAAGAUGGGCGCACGUUAAACUCAGAGAUACAACGAGAAGCAAUCACCCGAUGCAUAAUGGCAGCUGUAGAACGAAGAGCAUCGCAUGGGUUGAGGUUAGAUGUGAGGAGUCGAAACAGGUCAGGGCUGCUGUCGGAUGUGACAAGAGUGUUUCGUGAAAACGGGCUGUCGAUUGCAAUGGCUGAGAUUGGAACACGUGGAGAGAAGGCAAUUGGAUCGUUUCAUGUUACAGAUGCUCAUGGACAUGAGGUGGAUCCGGGCAUGGUGGAGGCAGUGAAGAAGGAAAUUAAGAGGUUUGGAGGCAUGGUUAUCGUAGGGAAUGGAACUUCUUCGAAUUGGUCGUCUCGGGGAUCAUCAAGUAGUAACGGUGUGAAUGAACCAAGAUCAUCACUGGGAACGUUGUUGUGGUCGCAGCUUGAGAGAUUUUCGAGCAAGUUUCAGACCCUGAACUCAUGA